CAUCCCAUCCGCCCGGGGAAAAAUGUGGGAACGGCACAAAAUUAUAACUGUCCUUUCCCUUUCAAAGUCGCAUUUUUCUAGUCAAAAAGUUUUAAAAGAAACUCUUGUGGUUUUGAUAAUAUUUGCGGCGACUGUUUAUGGAUUGUUCCUCUUUUUGCACACGUCAGAUUUAGAUGCAAAUAUCUGUCAGAAAAAAGCUGAACUGUGUUUACAUAAAAGAAGUUCAAGAACAAAGCGAGCUGAUGACAAUAAAUUACAAGUAAUGUUCCCAAGCUCACUCGAUACAUCAUCACGGGCUUUAAAAGAAGAAGUCAUUGGUGCAGAAGGAGAAGUUGUUCCAGUUUUCUUCCAUGUUUACUCAGUUGGCCAGACUCUUCCAUGCCUAAUGAGAGAUCUUUUGUUUCAAGGCCUUGUGGAUCCAAAGUUUGAAUGGAUUGGCCCUAAUGGACUAAUUUCUAAAGAAUCACAAAGAUUUGUCAUCACAGACAAUGGAAACUUGGUGUUUGAUACCAUUUAUGUAGUUGAUUCUGGAAAUUACACCUGCAAUCUUACGUACAGGCUUGAUUUGAAACAAGUGACAAGAUUAGUCAGCUAUACAGUCUAUGUGUAUCACAAUCCAAACAAAAGUGUCCGCCUAGAAGCAGAUUUCUACACAACUAAAUGUAACAACAAUGAAAUUACUAAGUUUGAGAAACAUUUGCAGAAGCAGUUGGAAGAUGCUGUCCAGGAUUUGCAGUGUGAGGUGCAUCACUGGAAUUCCGCAUGUCACAGUAUCAAACCCUCAAAGACACCAAUGAGUCAUAUAUUUAAUUUUCAAUUCAUUGUGUUUCCAUUUGCACUUGGCUGGGCUGAUGACUGUAAUGAUCCACAAUGUGACCAACAGUCAGAAGAACGUGUAAAAAAGGCAUACACACGAAUCAGAUCUUUCAUUGAGGAAUAUCCCUUCCAAAGAAAGCUCCAAAAUAUUGACUACAUUGCAAAUUCUCUAAAUGGUGUGAAAGUAGAUCACUGCAAACCAGGAUUUGGCAAAAAUAUCAGAACAAGUAACCAGUGUGAAGGGUGUUGUGUGGCUUGUCCACCUGGACAUUUCAGUGCAAGACAAGAUACAAUCUGCACCCCCUGUGCCUUUGGUUCAUUUAAUAGGCAUUAUGGAAAGACUGAAUGCACAAACUGCCCACACAAUGAAGCUACCAAUAGAAGUGGGGCAACAUCUCAGCAAGAAUGUCAUUGGAUAAUAUAUCAAUGGAUAUUACCUGUGAUCUCUACAAUUGGAACUUGCAUCUUUUUAAUAACCAUUUGGAUAGUAUGUCGGAAGUAUUGCAAAACACCAAUGAAGGGGAAAUACGUUCAGGUAAAGGAGGAAGACGUAAAAGAAGAGGUGAAAACACUAGCAAAUAUUAUUAAAAGUGUUGACUUAUUGGAACAGAAAAGCAAGUUAAGGCCUUCACAAUUUAUUGUUAGGCAUUCUCCAAAACAUGGAGUAGAAUUCUCAGAUGAACAGUGCAUUGGUUUACUUAGUGAUACAGAUACUGACACAUGCAGGACCUUUGACACUUUGAAGUCCGAUGAAACUGCAUGCCCAGAGAGCAGUAUGGAGGAAUGCAUUUCUCCAUACACAUCAGAUGAUUCCUGCUUUACAUCAAGAAGUUCAACUCCUCAAAAUCUAGAAGCAAUCUUCAGGCAUGGAAGGUAG